CUCCUCCUCCUCCUCCUGACACGUGCAGAACCAAUGUGCUGCUCGCUGGUUCUGUAUGGAGCCGCUGUAAACACAGGCCGUUGUUUGGGUUCUUAGAUCAUCCCGGGCUCUGGUUUUAUUGUUGUCGUGUUCGUCGCGGACAGAACAUUUAAAGAGAAAUCUCUCGCUGAAUAUUAGCGACAAAUGAGCACAAUGAUGAAAUACAUCCUGGUGACCGGAGGAGUCAUCUCAGGCAUUGGCAAAGGGAUCAUCGCCAGCAGCGUGGGCACCAUCCUCAAGUCAUGUGGUUUGCGUGUAACAGCCAUCAAGAUCGAUCCCUACAUCAACAUAGACGCCGGCACGUUCUCACCGUAUGAACACGGUGAGGUGUUCGUACUUGAUGACGGAGGGGAGGUGGACCUGGACCUGGGAAACUACGAGCGCUUCCUUGACAUCCGGCUCACGAGGGAUAAUAACCUGACGACAGGAAAAAUCUAUCAGUCAGUCAUCAACAAGGAGAGGAGGGGAGACUACCUGGGCAAGACCGUGCAGGUGGUGCCACAUAUUACAGACGCCAUCCAGGAAUGGGUUGUGAAACAGGCCAAAGUGCCCGUUGAUGGGGAUGAAGUUGAGCCUCAAGUCUGUGUGAUCGAGCUUGGAGGCACUGUGGGAGACAUUGAGAGCAUGCCUUUUGUCGAGGCCUUCAGGCAGUUCCAGUUUAAAGUGAAGAGGGAGAACUUCUGCAACAUCCACGUCAGUCUGAUCCCACAGCCGAGCGCAACGGGAGAACAGAAAACCAAACCGACCCAGAACAGUGUCAGAGAGCUGAGAGGACUGGGUCUUUCUCCUGACCUGAUUAUGUGCCGCUGUUCCACCGCUCUGGAGAAUUCUGUGAAAGAGAAAAUCUCAAUGUUCUGCCACGUAGAACCUCAGCAGGUCAUCUGUGUGCACGACGUCUCGUCCAUUUACAGAGUGCCGUUACUCCUGGAGGACCAGGGCGUGGUGAGCUACCUGAGCAGGAGGCUCAACAUGCCCAUUGAGACCAAGUCCAGGACUAUGCUCACCAAGUGGAAGGAGAUGUCAGACAGGUCAGACCGGCUGCUGGAGCAGUGUUCUAUAGCUCUGGUGGGGAAAUACACAAAGUUUUCUGACUCCUACGCUUCUGUCAUCAAGGCUCUGGAGCACUCGGCUCUCGCCAUCAGCCACAAGCUGGAAGUGAAGUACAUAGAUUCAGCGAAUUUGGAGCCAGGAACUUUACAGGAGGAACCAGUGAAGUACCACGAGGCCUGGCAGAAACUCUGCAGUGCUGAUGGCAUCCUUGUUCCAGGAGGUUUUGGCGUCAGAGGAACUGAAGGGAAGAUUCAGGCCAUCAGCUGGGCCAGGAAACAGAAAAAACCCUUCUUAGAUGCCAACUCGACAGAGUUUGACCCAGAGUCGAAGCACCCUGUGGUGAUCGACAUGCCGGAACACAACCCGGGACAGAUGGGUGGCACGAUGAGACUGGGGAAGAGACGGACCAUCUUUAAGACCUCCAACAGCGUUCUGAGAAAACUUUACGGGGACGCGGAAUACGUGGAAGAGAGGCACAGACAUCGCUUCGAGGUCAAUCCAGAGCUGAAGAGUCACUUUGAAGACAAAGGCUUUCGGUUUGUUGGUCAGGAUGUGGAAGGCGAGAGGAUGGAGGUCAUAGAACUGGAUGAUCAUCCGUACUUCGUUGGUGUGCAGUACCACCCAGAGUUCACGUCUCGGCCCAUCAAACCCUCACCUCCGUACCUGGGUCUGCUGCUGGCAGCUGCAGGGAAGCUGCAGAGCUACUUACAGAAGGGCUGCCGCCUGUCUCCACGAGACAUGUACAGCGACCGGAGCGGCAGCAGCUCCCCGGACUCUGAAAUCUCUGAGCUGAAGUUUCCUCCAGUUGCAGAUUCUGUUUGAUCUGAACCCAAACGCUCGGGACUCCUGCUGUGGCCUUACUGUGUACAACCAGUUUUACUGUAUAAUAUGUGUAAGUAAUGCAAUAAAAGCCACAAAGUGUC